ACUUUGCUAAAGGGAGAAUUCCUUAACCUUCUGCGCUCUCUCCCCUUGCACUGCACACAGUCACACCAUCUCUCCCAAACCCAUCUUUCUCUGCCAUCCGCGCCCAGCCACGGUGCUCCUCCGCCAGCAGCUGCCACGCACGGUUCCUCUGGGCUACGCAAAGCAAAGCUGAGUGAUCUCCAUCAAUGGCUCCUGUAGCACCUCGAUCUGGCGAUGCGAUAUUUGCUAACAUUGAACGCGUUAAUGCAGAGCUUUUUACUUUGACAUAUGGGGCCAUUGUGCGUCAAUUGCUCACGGAUCUGGAAGAGGUUGAGGAGGUUAACAAGCAGCUAGAUCAAAUGGGUUAUAACAUUGGAAUCCGUUUGGUUGAUGAGUUUUUAGCUAAAUCUAAUGUCUCGAGGUGCGUUGAUUUCAGAGAGACUACCGAUGUGAUUGCAAAGGUUGGUUUUAAAAUGUUCCUCGGUGUUACUGCAUCUGUCACCAAUUGGGAUGCUGAAGGCACAUGUUGCAGUAUUGUUUUGGAGGAUAAUCCUUUGGUAGACUUUGUUGAGCUUCCUGAUACCUGCCAAGGUCUGUACUACUGCAACAUCCUGAGUGGAGUCAUUAGAGGAGCCUUAGAUAUGGUUUCAAUGAAGACUGAGGUCACUUGGUUACGUGACGUGCUUCGAGGUGAUGAUGUGUUUGAGUUGCAGGUAAAACUUCUCAAGCAAGUUCCAGAAGAGUAUCCUUACAAGGAUGAUGAGUAGUAUUCUGUUUUGUAAUGUUGUUCUCAUCUUUUUCCCAAAUAGAUUAUUAUCUUUCUGCCUUUUGCUGUGUGCAUUUUGAUGAAACUUCAUAUACAGUAGAAAAUCUUUUAUUAAAUCAUGAUAUGAUAUUGACGUUAA